AUGGCUGAAGAAAUCAGCGACCGCAAUGGAAAUCCUUUCGAUGUAAAUCCGAGGUUUUUAUCGAUGGAAGAACAAGGCUGGCAAUAUUUGACCAAAGCCGGAGGGUUCUUCACAUUUGUCAACCUUGUUUUAUAUGUUGCCAUCUACAGGUAAACAGCAUAAAAAAUUAUACGUAAGCCCUUCCUUGUAGAUACAGUACCCACCCCAGCCCCGGCUUUGCUUGUAUUCAGCUAAGCAUGCCCUUAUUUAUCUGGGAGUUGUUGAUUAUCAUCGCUUUUUGUCCUACGGAGAUCCUCGAGUACUAUCUUGGUGAAAUUAUCAUCGAUUUGGAUGGAAAUGCAAGUCUUUCUGACGACGACUAUUUAGAUUUAGCUAAUGGACCAGGAUCUCCAUCUACAGCGUUUCCUCGCCCUUCGCCAAGCCCAACCCGUCCAUUCUUGCGGAGAUAUCAUCCGUGGGACUCGCCGAAUCUUCAUGGCCAACACCGACAGCGACUCCGAAUUCAUCACAGCUUCUAUGAGAUCAGUUGCAGAAUAA